GUGUAUUCCAACUAGAUUGGGCUAGGAAUAACAUUGCAGAACGGAUGCAGAAAUAAUUUGGUCUGCAUCCCCAAAUCCACAAAGCACAAGAGAUUGACAGUAUUAAUAAAUUCAAAGUAAUUGGCAAGUUACACAUGAAUUAUCUUUUUUUUUAGUGGAACAGUAAAAUUUUUUUUUCGUGCAAAAAGAAAGUGCAGUGUUGAAAAUAUGAAAGAAACAUCCAUCUUGUGGAUGAGUAGUGAAAUCGUGACGUCACGGCAGUCACCUAUUUACAGAAAAUUGUUAAUAUUUUAGGUUUGUUGUAAACAAAAUUUAAAUUCAAAGUGAAUACUGCAAAUAGGCCGUAUAAUUUUUAUUUAUGCAUUCCCCAGACAAAAAAAGUGUUGAAACAAGAAAAGCAAAAAAAUAUAUUCCAAAUUGCCAAAGAACAAAAGAUUAAAAAGUCAAAGAGCAUUUAACUUUUGUCAAAAGAGAGCAAGAGAGAAUGUCUUUGGGAGAGUCUUUCAAAAUUCGCUCCUGACGUUUCUCAUGCAAAAAACGCAAAUCCAACAAAUAAUCCCAACUAGAAUUUAAUGAAAAUACGUCCAAAGAAAGCAGCCCGAAGGUGGUUUUACAAAGAAAAGUUAAAAACGAAAAUUCAAGAAUAAACCCUCCAGUUACCAAACAACAACGACACAAAUCCAAAAGUUUUUAAUUAAACACGGUUAUCGCCGCAUAAAUACAAAACAAAAUCCAACCAUCUAACUCAACAUAUAUAACAAAAAAGAAAACACAAGUAAAUCACACAUCACGAUUCCGCCCACAAUAAACUGAAGAGUUGCCACACCUUUUGUGUAACGAAAUCAAAAAAAAAAAAACAAAACAAAGUUAAAGUCAAAAAAUACUCUUUCUGUGACCAAAAAGCAAAUCAACAAAUUUUUUUUAAAAAUCGUCCAUAUCCUGCAUUUCUCACCCCGCCCCUAUUAAUUUUUUUCGUGCCCGUCCAUUAAACCUACAACAAAUAAUUGCUUCCACAAAAUUUGUUGAAACAACACAAAACUACCGACUUUGUUGAGAUUUAAAAGCAGGAGCGCGCUAAUCCUGUGCACGUCGCCGUGAGCCUAAGCAAAGAGAUAUCCACCACCAUUACCAACAACACAGCUAUCAUCACCACGACACAUCAAAAUUUUCAGUCGUCUACAACAUGUCUUUGGAUACAGGUGCUGGUGGUGGCGGCACAUCGUCCAAGACCAACGAUGAACUCCGCAUGGAAGUUGAACGUUUAACGCGUGAACUCGACCAAGCGACCAGUGAACGUGCCCAAUCGGCUCAAUACGGCUUGUCAUUGCUGGAAGAGAAGUCAUCGUUGGAGCAGCGCUUGGAGGAGUUGGAGACAUUGUAUGACAAUGCCAAACAUGAAUUGGAUAUUACACACGAAGCGCUUACCAAAUAUCAAACCUCGCAAAAAGUAACAACAAAAACCGGCAUAGAACAAGAGGAGACAUUGCUAAACGAAUCGGCAGCCCGUGAGACUUCUUUAAAUUUACAAAUCUUAGAUUUAGAAAAUGAAGUGAAACAAUUGCGCCAUGAGCUGGAACGUGUUCGCAAUGAACGUGACCGCAUGCUGCAGGAAAACUCCGACAUCGGUCGCGACAAGUCCGACAAUGAGGCAGAGAAAUUGCGUCUUAAAGCUGAGCUUAAAGAACUUAAAUUUCGUGAGACACGUAUGCUCACCGAAUACUCGGAACUCGAGGAAGAGAACAUAUCGCUCCAGAAACAAGUCUCAAGUUUACGAAGUUCACAGGUUGAAUUCGAAGGUGCCAAACAUGAGAUUCGUCGUCUGACAGAAGAGUUGGAGCUAUUAAAUCAGCAAGUAGAUGAGCUGACGAAUUUAAAAAAGAUCGCCGAAAAGCAAAUGGAAGAAGCUCUGGAAGCUUUGCAAGGCGAACGUGAAGCUAAAUAUGCUCUUAAAAAAGAACUCGAUAGUCACCUGAAUCGUGAGUCCAUGUACCACAUUAGUAAUUUAGCCUAUAAUAUACGUGGUACCAUUUGUGAUGAUAACACCAGUGCCAAUAGUGAUGGCGAAGAUGAUAAUUUGGCCUUGAAGCGAUUCGAAGCGAAUCUAUCGACAGAGCUAAAAUCACCCGAUGGCACUAAAUGUGAUCUCUUCUCCGAAAUUCAUCUGAAUGAAUUGAAAAAACUGGAGAAACAACUGGAAUCGAUGGAGAAUGAGAAGACGCAUUUAACGGCCAACCUGCGUGAAGCUCAAACAAGUUUGGAUAAAUCACAAAAUGAACUACAGAACUUUAUGGCCCGUCUGGCGAUAUUGGCGGCCCACGUCGAUGCAUUGAUGCAACUGAAAAAGCAAUAUGACAACAAAGAAGAUGUCACCCAAGAGGCCCUUAAACAGCAACAAAACGAGGAAAAUCUUAAGCAGCAAUUACGUGAUACUCUGUCCAAAUACAGCAAUUGGUUCUGUUUGUCCGCGAAGGAAAUCGAUGGACUCAAGACUGAUUUAAAUGAACUGCAAAAGGGUUUGAACUACACGGACGCAAUGACUUCGCUGCGCAACGAGAUCACCAACCUGAAAAACAAGCUCAUGUCAACGGAGCAAAAGUCUCUCGAUUUGCAAAGUGAUGUGCAAACUCUGACGAACAUUUCACAAAACGCAGGCCAAAGUUUGGGCUCAGCCCGUUCCACCUUGGUGGCGCUGAGUGAUGAUUUGGCCCAACUGUACCAUUUAGUGUGUACAGUGAAUGGUGAAAUGCCCACUAGGGUGUUGCUGGAUCACAAGAGUGAUGAUAUGAGCUUUGAGAAUGAUUCAUUGACCGCCAUACAGUCACAAUUUAAAUCUGAUGUGUUCAUAUCGAAACCACAAAUUGUCGAAGACUUGCAGGGAUUGGCUGAUUCGGUGGAAAUCAAGAAAUAUGUUGACACCGUGUCGGAUCAAAUCAAAUACCUAAAGACAGCCGUCGAACACACCAUUGAACUGAAUAAGAACAAAGUUCGUGGCGAUGUAUCCGAAUCUGAUAAAUAUAAUCGCGAAGAAGUUGAAGAGCUGCAAGAACAGAUCAUCAAACUCAAGAGUUUGCUGUCUACAAAACGCGAGCAAAUCGCCACACUACGUACAGUGCUCAAAUCCAAUAAGCAAACCGCCGAAGUUGCCCUCACAAAUCUCAAAUCGAAGUACGAAAAUGAGAAGAUGGUCGUGAGUGAGACGAUGUCCAAACUGAGAAAUGAAUUGAAGAUCCUCAAAGAGGAUGCCGCCACAUUCUCAAGUUUGCGUGCAAUGUUUGCUGCCCGUUGCGAAGAGUAUGUCACACAGGUUGAUGAUCUCAAUCGUCAAUUGGAGGCUGCCGAAGAAGAGAAGAAAACUCUUAAUCAACUCCUGCGUUUGGCCGUUCAACAAAAAUUGAAUUUAACCCAAAAAUUGGAAGAAAUCGAAAUGGAUCGAGAAAUGCGUCAUGCACGUCGUCCUAUGCCGCCACAAAGAGGCACCGGUGGCAAGUCAUCAUUUUCCUCCCGGCCUUCGACAAGAAAUCCGGCGAAUAAUAAUCCCAAUAACUUCUAACAUAAAAUCAGCGUGCAGCGUAAACUGUUGGCUUUAGUUUAUACUUUACUUAAAUUAUAAAUUUAUUUAACAUAACACACCAACAACAACAACAACAACCACAACAUCAACUAAACACAAAAACCACAAAAAAAGAUUAACUAUUAAAUCAAUUUCCUAUGCAAUUACAAUUACAUUACUAUCCUUUUGGGUAUAUUCAUUUCUUGUUAAGAGACAUUAAACUAUCUUAUAGACAUUUUUGGUUGAAGGGUAUUAUUGAAAUUUAAUUUAAAAGAAAUUAAAAAAAAAAAAACACAAAAAACAUGAAAAAACCGGCUUAACACAAAUUUCCCCAUUCGCGCACAACUCCCCCUAGUGAGUUGGGCAGAGGAAAUUUAGUGCAGAGAAAGAAAAAAAGCAAGCAUGUUAAUCCAUUAACAUGUAAAACUUAAAAAAGUUUAAUUUAUUUUAGUUUUUUCUUUGUUUUGUAUUAUUUUCUCUUCUUAUGGGAACAAACGACCCGUAAACACACACUCAACACAUGUUCACACAUUGAUACACACACACACACACACACAUAUUUCGAAAAAGCUACAAUGAAACUAUUUUAUAAAUUUAUUACAACUUUUUAUUAUGUGUAAUUUAUAAUGUAUUACCUAUAUGCAAAUACAAAACUAGUAACAACAACAACCUUCUAAAAUUGAUUGUUAUCGAUAACAACAGAGUAUCAUUAAUAUUAUUUAAAUCAUUUAAUGUAAUUUAAUUUUUUAUUUUCAAAUUUAGAAAAAGAAAAUGAGAAUACGGUUUGUUACUUACACACGUCCAUUUAAUACAAUUGAAAGAAAACAAAAAAAAACCAUUUUUAAGAACCAGAAAACAAAAUAUCUUAAAAUUAACCAAAUCAAAUACAUCCCUACACCCACACACAAAGAUUUCUUUAAGAAAGAUUUUUCUACAAAAUCCCUUAUCAAACAACAACAAGUCACUAUUGUCAUUCUUUGUUUCUUUUUGGUUUUUUGUUUUUUUUUUUUUUUUGUUAAACAAUUCUGCUGUUGUUAUGCCAUUUACAACAGUUGCCAUUGUUGAAAUGAGAAGCUAUAGUAAUGAAGGCAAUCAAACCCCCAACUAUACCGCCUCUCUCAAAACAGUGAGCCUUUUAGUUAAACUAUUUGAAUGCUUCUUGAAAAGAACAUCAUACACUAUUGUUAAAUUUUUGUUUUUGACAUUCUUUAUGCCGUAUUUUAUGCGUUGGGUAGAUUUUUGUUUUGAAUUAACAUUCUUUGGUAUUGAAGGAACAUGCAAACGCUGUACGCAAAAUUACUAUGAAAAAUUAAAUAGAAGAAGAAAGUCUAUGGCAAACAAAUUAUUAACAAAUAAAAUUAUAUAUAAUUUUAUAAGACAAAGAGUAAAUACAUAACAAUUUUUGGUGUUUUUUGAUAGACAAGUUUAGACAAAAAAAAAAAAAAAAAAAAAAUAAAAAAUGAAAUUUAUGUUGAAAAAAUUAUGAAAAUUGGUAAUAAUUCACGGUAGUGGCAGCAUAAGAAAACCUGUAGUUAUUGUUUUAAAAUAAACAGAAAAAUAAUAAAUAUUAUAGAUAAAUUCCUAGAAGGAGAGGCAUGCGUUUUACUCCCUUGCCUUUAAACAUUUUCAAUGAAACAUACAUAGUUGGGUAUACUAAAAUUAGAUCGACCCUCAAUCAUUAAACAAUUAUGGGAACUAGUGAAUACAGCAAUGCAAUAUGAUUUAUUGGUAAUUUGAAAACCUGCAAAACCCCCCCACACACACACAAAUCAAUAAUUGCAACAAUUGAAAACUAGUAAAAUGUUGUGCAAACCCAAAACCACCACCACCAGCACCGGCACCAACAUCGGCCCACAGCUAGUUUUGCUUCCCUGGAUACUUACCGAAAAAGACAUGAUUCAUUUGUAGUUAGCCAAGCAAUUUAUGUGUCCCCCCCCCCCUAUGAAUUAUCUUUAAGUUUAUGUCCCUUUCCGCCUGAGAAUAUUGAUUCAUUGAUUUUUUUUAUUUAUCAUUUGUUUUUGUUUUCUCCUUUGUUCAACUCAAUAUUCUAAUGUGCUUUUAAUUUAGUGUUAUUUUCUAAUUUAUGAAAAAACAAAACGAAAAUUGUAAGUGAAUUCCUAGUUAUAGGCAUGUUAGCAAAAUAAAAAUAAACUCACAAAAAAACAACAACAAAUUUAUUUAUAAAAAAAAUAAACAAUCCAUUAUUUAAUAUUUAUACAAAACCACACAUAUAUUGUUUUGUUAUUUCAGCGUUAUGGGUAGUCUACAAAUUACAGAAAAUGUUGGCGAUUACGGGCUUCUUUCGCCCCAAGAAAUAAUGUGCCUAAAUUGUUAACUUUACUUUUACUUCAAAUAGCUAUGGCAGAAUAUUUGUUCCACUAGCCGAACGUAGCACAGUGGUUAGCAUGUCCGCCUAAGACGCUGAACGUCUGGGUUCGAAUCCUGGCAGGAAGAUCAGAAAAUUUUUCAGCGGUGGUUAUCCCCUCCUAAUGCUGGCAACACUUGUGAGGUACUUUGCCAUGUAAAAACUUCUCCUAUAAAAAACUUCGGCCAUAAAAAGGAGGUCCCUUAUCAAUGAGCUUAAAUUUGAAUCGGACAGCACUCAUUGAUUUGUGAGAAGUUUGCCCCAGUUCCUUAAUGGAAUGUUCAUGGGCAAAGCGUUCCAAGCGCCUCGAUCUUCUAUGCUCAUUCUAAAAUCUCUGACACCAAGUAUCGAGGUGUCUCCCACCACACGAUCUUUCCAUCGGGCUUUUGGUCUUCCCGGUUUGCGAGUAUCACCGUGUUUGCCUUCAAAAAAAAUUCUUUGCUGGAUCUUCUUCAUCCAUUCUGACAACAAGACCUAGCCAAGGCAACCGUUGUAUUUUGAUGCGUGUAACUAUGCUAUCGUCGUCAUACAGCUCGUGGUUCAUACGUCGCCUAUAUUCUCCAUCAACGCAAGCUGGUCCAUAUAUUUUACGAAGAAUCUUUCUCUCAAAUACUCUGCCUCAUCUGCUUUCACAAGCACCCAUGCUUCAGAACCAUAUAACAGCACGGCUAGUAUCAGUGUCUUGUAUAGUGUAAUCUUCGUCUGUCGAGAGGUCGCCUUAUUUCUAAACCGCUUACUUAGUUCAAAGUAGUGUCAUUCGCUUCGGUUACGGCGGUGCCGAGGUAGAUAAACUUACUGACUAUCUCAAAGUUGGGGUUCCCAACUUUCUCCAUUUUCUUUAUCUGCUCGGUUGUACAAAACGUUUUGGGAGUUGAAAUCAUCCCUUUCGUCUUAUCUUCAUUUACUUCCAGACCCAUUUUCACUGACCCUCUUUCGAUUCUUUCAGUGGCUGCAGUUACUACUUUCGGUGACCGACCUAUGAUAUCGAUGUCGUCGCCAUAGGCGAGUAGCAUGUGUUCUCUUGUGAUUAGUGUGUCAUAUCUAUUCACAUCUGCAUCUCUUAUAAUCUUUUCCAACAGGAUAUCAAAAAGUGAUCACACGAUAGGCUGUCUCCUUGUCUGAAACCUCGUUUGGUAGUAUAUGGUUCGGAGAGAUUUUUUCUUAUUCUUACUGUGGAACGCGUAUCAGCAAGUGUCAUCCUGCAGAGUCUUAUUAAUUUUGCAGGGAUACCAAACUCAGACAUGGCUUAAAGUACCUUUGAACGUAAAGGAGUAUCGAUGGCGGCUUUGUAGUCAGCAAAGAGAUGGUAGGUGUUGAUUUGUCCUUCUCGGGUCUUUUCCAGGAUUUGGCGCAGUGUGAAUAUCUGGUCCAGGGUGGAUUUACCAGGUCUAAAGCCGCAUUGAUAGGGCCCAAUUAUCUCAUUGACUUUAGGUUUUAAUCUUUCACACAGUACACUCGAGAGUAUCUUGUAUGCGAUGGGGAGGAGACUUAUUCCUCUGUAGUUGGCACAUUGCGUCUUGUCUCCUUUCUUGUGUACGGGACAUAGUAUGAUGAGGUUCCAAUCAUCGGAUAUGCGUUUUUCUAGCCAGAUUGCACAGAUAAGCGGAUGCAUACGCCUUAUCAGCGUGUCGCCUUUCGUCUUAAAUAGUUCAGCGGGUAACCCGUCACUGCUACUUGGACCUCAUUUUGACUAGGUAAACAUUAUAUACCAUCAUCAGGGAUUGGUUCUGCGGUAUUCUCUUCGCCGCCAACGUCGGACACUAGCAGUUGGGUAAACUGUUCUUUCCAUAUCCUCAACAUGUUAUCUGUGUCAGUUAUCAGAUUUCCUUCUUUGUCUCUGCAGGAGGAUGUGCCUGCACCAAAGUCAUCGGUUUGAUGUUUAAUUCUUUGGUAGAAUUUCCGGACAUAGUUUUACGGGACGAGUUGCUAACCCAGCGCCCCAAAAUCCCCCAUGGGUUUUGUGGGAUUGCACAUGUAUCCCUAGUUAUGGCGAGGCGCUUGCUCAAGAUCCGACGCUCGCCUCCAGCCACCCCUAACAUGGGAAUAGACGCUGAUGUUGGCCAUAGGUUAUUUGAAGGCGCCAAUAAAUCGCCUAAAUUGUAUAAACUUUCAUUAUAAGUUGCAUCCUUUCACGGGGUAUUUUCAGAUGUUUAGCCAUUUGAUUGCCACUAUGGCAUGAAUUUCUUGCAAUUCGAUCCUUAACUCGCCGAACAGUUGCUGCAGUUUUUAUACCCUUCAUCAUAGGAUGGGGGCAUACUAAUUUCGUCAUUCUGUUUGUAAAACCUCGAAAUAUGCGUCUAAGACCCCAUAAAGUCUGUCUGUCGAAAGCACGCUUACUUUCGAAGGAGUAAAGCUAGGCGGUUGAAAUUUUGCAUAAAUACUUUUUAAUAGUGUAGGUCGGUUGGGAUUGGGUGAAUGGGCCAAAUCGGUCCAUAUUAUGAUAAGCUGCCAUAUAAACCGAUAUUGGCUCUUGAUUUCUUGAGUUUAUAGAGGGCACAAUUCUCGUCCGAUUUAACUGCACGUGGUGUUUUGGUAUCAUUUCCAAUAACUUUGCUAAGUAUGGUUCAAAUCCGUUCAUAACCUCAUAUAGCUGCCAUAUAAACCGAUCUUGGGUCUUGACUUCUUCAGCUUUUAGAUGGCGCACUUCUUAUCCGAUUUGGCUGUAAUUUUGCAUGUACUGUUUUGGUAUCACUUCCAAUAAUUGUGCUAUGUAUGGUUCAAAUCGGUCUAAAACCUUAUAUAGCUGCCAUAAAAACCGAUCUUGGGUCUUGACUUCUUGAGCCUCUAGAAGGCUCAAUUCUCAUCCGAUAUGGCUGAAAUGUACAACGGCUUCUCCCAUGACAACAACAUUUAACAUUCGUGUCCAAUGUGAUCUGAAAACCAAUCUCCCGAUUUUGCUUCAUGAACCCGAACAAGGCGCAAUUCUAAUCCGAAUGGACUGAAAUAUAACGCAAUGACUUCUUUUUGAGUAAACUCAGAAAUAAAUGUCUUUGGUGUCUUGAAAAGAAUAUUAUGAGCUGUCAAUAAAUCAAAUACCAUGUAGCUGUCAUUUCAAGUUUGUCAGAUAUAUCAGUGUGAAUUUGGUAGCACAUCGUGUCAGAUACUUACUUACUUUAAUUGGCUAUGACAGAAUAUUUGUUCCACUAGCCGAACGUACAAUAGCGUUCCAAGCGCCUUGAUCUUCUGCGCUCAUUCUAAAAUAUCUGACACCAAGUUUCGAGGUGUCUCCCACAACUUGAUCUUUCCAUCGGGCUUGUGGUUUUCCCGGUUUUCGUGUACAACCGUGUUUGCCUUCAAACGACUUCUUUGCUGCAGCUUCUUCAUCCACAUCGUGUCAGAUAUCCUGUAGUAUUUGACAAAGAUCAUACGCAUUUCGCGUAUGUGGAAUCUACGAAAUAAGCCAUUUGAGAUAAGUGUGUUUGCUGAGCAUUAUUUUCUCAAACUACUACCAUCCUCAUAGCGUUUGUUACAAUGACAACAAUUCACCCACCACCAAAUAUGGGUGCUUUUGUGUGAAACGAGCUUUUGUUUUUGGAAUCAACAUCCAGAUUUGUAUAUUUUCUAUGUACACAGAAAAAAAUAAAUAUCGGUUUCAGUCAGGAAAUUAAUUAAUCCAAUUAACUUUUUAAUUGAAACUGCGUCAAUCACGAAAAACAUAAUGUCAAUCACAGUUUUUAAGAAAGGUGAUUGAAAAAAAGUUCGAUUUAAAAAAAUUGCAUAUUCAAUUAAAAAAUGAUUAGAAAUUUUGAAAUUCCCAAUUAAUUCUUGGUUGAUUUAAUUAGAAAAAUGAUUGCAAUUUUUAUUAAUUUUUUAAUUGAUUGUUUGCGAAAAGUUCGCUGAAUAUGUUAAACUCCUGGAACAAUUAUUUUAAGUCUGGGAAUAAGGGCGGAAGUCGGGAGUGUGUAAAUAAGGAUUUGUCGAAAUUUUGAACUUUGUUUCCUGUUGAAUCAAAAUUUCGUUAAAAUCGGUGCAGAUUUAGAUAUAGCUGCCAUAUAUAUCUUUCAUCCGCUAUGGACUUUUAAGGCUGUAGAAUCCACAAUUUUGGUCCGAUCUUUACAAAAUUUAACAUAAGGUGGUUUAUUUGACGUCUUAAUAUGAGUGCUAAAUUUCGUCAAAAUCGGCCCAGAUUUAGUUAUAAGUCCCAUAUAUUGGGUUGCCCAAAAAGUAAUUGCGGAUUUUUCAUAUAGUAGGCGUUGACAAAUUUUUUCACAGCUUGUGACUCUGUAAUUGCAUUCUUUCUUCUGUCAGUUAUCAGCUGUUACUUUUAGCUUGCUUUCGAAAAAAAGUUUAAAAAAAGUAUAUUUGAUUAAAGUUCAUUCUAAGUUUUAUUAAAAAUGCAUGUACUUUCUUUAAAAAAAUCCGCAAUUACUUUUUGGGCAACCCAAUAUAUCUUUCAUCCGAUAUGGACUUUUAAGGCUGUAGAAGCCUCAAUUUUAGUCCCAAUUUGGUCCGAUCUUUUUUCCCAAGUCCCAAUACGUGCUUAGAAUUUCAUAAAAUCGGUCCUGAUUGAGAUAUAGCUGCCAUACAUAUAUUGCAUACGACAUUGAGUUUUAAGACAAUAAAGCCACCAUUUUGGUCAGAUCUCUACAAUAGUGGUCGCGAGAUGUUCUAUGUGACGUCCCAGUAUGUGUGCAAAAUUUCAUCAAAAUCGGCACAGAUUUAGAUAUUGUAUUUUUUUUAUCCGAUAUGGCCUUUUAAGGCUGCAGAAAUCCACAAUUUUUGUUUUAUCGUAAGAAAAUCUUACAAGGUUCCAUUUGAUAAUUCAAUAGAUAUGCAAAAUUAAAGUCUGACUAAAUUUGGAGUUAAAUUCUAUACAUUAAAAGUAGUACGUAGACUAGGUGAUGUAGGGUAUUAUAUAAUCGGCCCCGCCUGACUUUUGCCUUACCUUACUGGUUUUUGGUCAUUGGAAAAACUUUUGGGUAGACAGAUAGAAGGGUAUAUUUUAUAACACCAGUAAAUUUUUUUUGCAAAGAUUAUAUUCUAAUUCCAUAUAGGCUUGAAAAGUAAAAAACUUAACAGUUUUUGGGUAAUGUAGGUGAUGUCAGUGGUGGUGGUGGUGGUAAUACUUUCGGAAUUAACUUAUAACAGGAGUUUUAAUCCUAGCUACAGUACAUUUCAAUUUACUAGCAAAUACAUACAAUAAUAAUUAGCAAACAAAAUAACGGAAAAGCCCAAAUUAAUACGGAUAGCAAACUAUUUUUCUAUACCGCCUAAAACUAUGCAAUAAAAUUAAUAUGUACUUAACUAUUCACUUAUAGCAAGCAACCUAUGGGUCACUCAUCACAAAGCUACCGUGUGUUUCAAUUUAAUCUUCCAUCAAACAACAUGGCAGUACUUUGAAGAGCUGACUUUAUGAAAUAAAUAAAAUUAGUUGAUUAUGCUUAAUCUCAUUAUGUAGCUUAGAAACAACACCCUUGCACUUAUUUCAGUUGGAACUUCAAAAAAAACCAUCUUUAAAAAUAGAAGAACAAAAAACGCACGUAAAUAAAAAACAUUUCAAUUACCGAGCCAUUAAAAAAAGAAUUUAUUUAAGAAAAAAAAAACGACUUACAGCACACUCAUUCCAUACCAAAAAAAUCAUCGAAUUGUCCAAAUAAAAACAAAAAAGUAUUGAAUAAAAAGCAAAACAAAUUAAAAAACGUUUUACCUCCCUAUUUUAUUUUUAAAAUUUGUUUUAGAUAUCUGUUUAUCGUCAGAGUAAAUUUUUUGUAAAUAGACCAUUUUAACACAAGAAUUUUUCAUCAUCUAUUCACACUUAUUUACCGUCCCUUUUUGUAAAAAACAAACUUACAUACAAACAAACUAACUAAUAUAAUAAACAACAUUUAAAUACAAAUUUUCUGUUACAAAUAAAAAAGCAAAUUUAUAAUUGUGAUAAGAACACAAAUGAAAAAAUACGAAAGCAAAUGUUUUAUGAUAUACAAAAAUAUACAUGGACAUUUUAUAAUCAACCCACAAUGCAUAUAUUCUAAAUUUGUGAAACUUUCCCAAAGUAUUGUCUAUACCAGAAGCGUCUAGCCUUUGAAACUGCAUUAGUGUUACCCCUUUGGAGAGCGAUCUGAAAAGGCCUUAGGCAAGGAGAGGAUUGGUGUUAGAGAUAUUAUCCUAAAAGUUCAUUAUUGCUACGAAAAAAAAAACUGAAUAAAAACAAAUCUAAAGUUUUAUUUCAGUCAAUAUCAUGGUGGGCAAAAAUAAAUUCCAAACUUCAUGUCUCAAGAGGAGCAUUUGACGCACCAACACCUAAAUAUCCUUUUCCUACGUUUCUGUUGUUUUGUCUAUAAACUUUUACAUGAAAUAAAUAAAAUAUACAUAGAAACAAUAUUAAAUAAAAUAUGACAACAACAUAUUGAUAACUGAUACCUUAUUAGAAUUCUAAACUAAAACUAACCGAGAACAUUUUACACCAAAAUCUCUCAAAAUAGUUGAAAAAAGAAAACAAAACAAACAGUCAACAACAACAAUUACACUUAUACAAAUUUCAACAUUAUUGAUGCAACAAUAAAAUUUACCAAUUUUUGAAACCUACAAAAGUAAAACAGAAAAUUAGAAUUAAAAAAAGUCCCAAUCAGAAUUUUUCAAUACGACAAAUUUCUUAAACAUCCCAAGAAACAUUUGUAAAUUAAAAAAAAAAAUAUUUGUGAAUAUAAAAAAAAAACAUGUUAAAUUAAACCAUUUUUAUUGAAGGGAAGAAAGCAAACACAAUUAUGAUGAUAAAAAACAAUUGGUUAGAAUUAAUAUACCAACAUAAAACAGAUAUAUGAAUAUUAUUGUCUAAUGGAAUCAUGAAUAAAAGUCAAUGAGAAAAUCAC